GAUGCCUGAACUGUAUCGGUAGAAAACAGUGAUGUUAUUUUGUUUUUAAACACGAAAACAAGUGAGAAUCUGAGUGAUGCAACAGACAUGAGAGUAGAGGCAUGUCUGAUACUAAUGCUGAACGCGAUGGCGUGGGGCAUGCGUCGCGGGCCGCAUCACCCGCACGGGCAGACCCCGGUUGAUCAGAGGCACCACCACUACAAGCCACGGGGCUCGGAGUCACUGACUGGAGACGCGCAACUUUUGCACGAUACCAAACAUAUAGAAGAAGAUACAGAAGUCCUCACAGCAGAAGCGCUGUCGAAGAUGACGCCUGAAGAACUGGAGUUCCAUUACUUCUCAGCGCACGAUUUUGAUAAGAAUUCCAUGUUAGACGGCCUAGAGUUAUUAAAGGCUGUAUACCAUACAAUAGAGCAUGAAGCUCCAGACCCAGAUGCAGAUUCAUCUAUUGAGCCUGAAGCCAAUGAUUUGGAUGCUUAUGUUGCUCUGGUGGAUCGUACUCUAGAGUCGGAUGAUAAAGAUGGCGACGGUUAUGUUUCCUAUGCAGAAUAUCGUGCAGCUCGUGCCAACAACCCUUCGGAGCGCACUCCCAGGGUUCUGGCUGCUAACACUCCUUAGUUCUUAAAGCAGAAGUUCAGGAGCAAGGAUGGGUACAAAUACUUUUUUGUUUUUCGCAAGUAUCUUAAGGAGAUUAGUUAAGAAUGACGGACCUAUGACUUGAAACGAUUUGUAAUUUUGACUGAUUUGGGUUAGUAUAGUGUAUGUUAGAAAAGUAUAUGGGUUUUGGAUUUGGGAUCUCAAGAGGUUUAACAAACAUCGAGAAUGACAAAUAUAUCUUUUCAAUAAGUUUAAUAUUGUGUAAAUAAACUUGUUUCAAAUUAAAUUUUCUGACAUUGAAACCCCUUUUCAUUCGAUCGCAAUUAAGUUAUUUACUACUAAUACAAUUAUGACUACACCUUAAAA